AUGGAUUUCAAUAACCCUAAUGCGUAUGGCGGCCAGUUCGCCAAUUCCCCGCAACACGCCCAAUUCGAUGCACAGGCGCGGCUCCAGCAGCAAGCCAACCCACAUGGGCAGUACGGGCAGUCCCCGUCGUUCCCGGGCAUGGGUGGCGCCAUGGGGAGUAAUGGCAUUCAGCCAGGAGCCCCGUAUCUCCAGCAGCGAGCCGCCAUGCAACAGGCGCAACAACAGCAGGCGCAACAGCAGCAGCAGCAACAACACCAGCUGUCGUCGCCGAGCCCCUACUCGAACGCGCCCUAUGCGCAGACGAUGCCCUCGCCUGCCCACCACCAGUUUGCCCAGAACCGCCAGACGGCCUCCCCUGCCAGCACCACUGGCCAGGCACCGUAUGCGACACCGCAGCCCCAGCCCUCGCCCAGCAGCAUGCAGACCAACGGCCAGCAGACCCCCAUGAACCUCCAGUUGCCCGUCAAGGCGGAGCCGCCCCAGGUCCAGACGCCCGUGAAGCAGGUGCCCCCGUCGCCCGUGUCGCCCGCCAACCCGGCGCGUAAUGCAGACCGAGUCGCAACCCUCCUCGACAUCAACAGCAUCCUCAUCAAAGAAGUUUGCGAGCUCCAGACGCAGGGCAAGGCAGGCCAAGUCGGGCCCACGCCAGAAGGGAAGCCCGAAGGCGACAAACCGCAGCCAUCCAAGGACUACAUGCGCCGCCUCCAGGCAAACCUCGCGUACCUCGCGCAGAAUGCGGAGAAGGUGCCCAAGCCUGGACAACAAAUACAACCGGGGCCCGCCAUCAUGUCGAUACCCGCCUCACCCACCGAGCUCGUCAAGCUAUAUACCAAACUGCAGGAGCUAUUCCCAGGAUGGAAGGGGCAGACCCCACAAAUGAAGCAGUCGCCCGGGCCGCAACGGAUGAACUCGAAUGCGUCACAACCACCGAAUAGUGCAGGCCUGCAGCAAAAUUGGGGACAGAAUGCGAUGCAGCAAGGCAUGCAGCAAUCACAGCAACAACAACAAACGAAGCAGGAGAACCAAUAA